AUUUUGAAUAAUCAAGAAAUCGAAAUAUUGGCGUAAGCAUCACAUCCACAUCCUCAUUCUCCGCCAUAAAUAACCCUUUCACCAUCUCUCACUUCUCUCCGCCAUCUACACCUCAACUUCUUCUUCUUCUCCUCUCAAGAAACAAUAACUAGCAAUGGCGGUUAAGAGAUCUUCAAAGCUAACACAAACCGCAAUGCUGAAGCAAAUCCUCAAGAGAUGCUCGAGCUUGGCCAAGAAUCAAUGCUAUGAUGAGGAUGGUCUGCCUGUAGACGUACCAAAGGGUCAUUUCCCGGUCUAUGUAGGCGAAAAGAGGAGCCGGUACAUCGUACCCAUAUCCUUCUUGACUCAUCCUAAGUUCAAGAGCUUGCUUCAACAGGCAGAAGAAGAGUUCGGGUUCAAUCAUGACAUGGGACUCACUAUUCCUUGUGAAGAAGUUGUUUUCCGCUCUUUAACAUCCAUGAUCGGAUGAGGGAGUGGGAGAGAAAGAGAAAGAGAGAGAGAGAGAGAGCUUAUAAACAUCUAUAUAUAUUUAUAUCAAAUUUUUUUGUUACCUUUGGAUGAAUAUUGAAUCCAAAUUUUUUUUUUCUGAACUAUAAACCUAUAAUGAUUUGCGUAAAAUGACACUUUUAUGUGGAUUAUGUCAAACCUGGGUUUUAGUUUGUUGAUUCCUAAGUGUGGCACCCUAUGCUUGUUUCGCAUUUAAGGGUUGAAAUGUAAACCUAAUUUAUUUUUCGCAUGCUAUAAUAAAUCUGAGUGAUAGCUUGCGCUAAUAAGAACUAGUAGAUAUUGUUCUUGCUCAAUGCAAUCAAAUUAUCGAUCAAAUCUUU